CCAGAGGCGAGGCGGCGCAGCGCUGACAGGAACGGGGCUCUCCGGAUGUCAGCCGUGGCUCAGAAUUGAGAGAACAACUGAGACUGGGGUAGAAAACCUCGGCUGACAAUGUACUGCUGGAGAAGCCACUUACACAUCAGAUCCCGAUGAAUCUGAACUGAUUUGACAUCAUGGCUAGGCACAGCAAGCUACAGAAACAGGUGUUAAAACUUUACAAACAAUUCCUUCGAGCUGCUAAAGAUAAACCUGGAUUUUUGCCCUUGAUUCGGGAUGAAUUUCAUAAAAACUCCCAAAUCCCCAGAAUGGACGUCAUGCAUAUUGAGUACCUGCUGCGAAGAGGGCAGAGACAGCUGGAGCUGUUAAAGGAAUCAAAUACCAAACAAGUGGCAGCUUUUAUUAGCUUCAAUCCACCAAACAACCCCAUGGUGCAGAAGACCGAGGACCAGCCAUCUUAGCUUAAAAGACUGACUGAAGUUUGCUAAGAUUAUCGUUAUGAAACAUGCCUGCAGUGAUUGCGUAAUAUGUAACUUGGAUAGGAAUGAAGCUGCAGGUUAUGUACUGAAUCCAAGGACCAGAUAUUACAGCCACAAAAAUAAAUCAAAAAAAUGCACCUACGUUUUACUGCACUACAGUGAUAGUUACAGUUCAAAAUUGCUUCGUACGGUGUGGUCAUGAAAGGUAGUAUAUAAAUGUAUACUGCAUAUAUGUAAAUGUAUAUUAGAAAUGUAUUCCCUCUGCACCGUCAGCCCUGAUGCAAGGUCUUGACCUGAAAUGUCAACCAUCCCUUUGCCUCCACAGAUGCUGCUUGAUCCACUGAGUUCUUCCUGCAGUUUGUUUUUUUGCUGUUUAAAUGUAGUUCUUCAUUUUUUAAUUCACAAAAUCAUGAGUAGGAAAGAUUUGCACUUUGAAGGAAAACAUUCUUAACUUUUUAGAGACUGUUUUUAUUCCCAGAAGAGAUGUCAGAGACUUUCUUGUGUUCUGUCCUCAUUCUAAAAUGUGUGGUUAAAAACUGGGAUUGGUUUUUAAGGAUAAUUUUCAGCAUUGAAUUAUGAAGUUUGCUGUUUGCAGCAGCACACAAACAGGACAGCUGUGAGGAGAGGUUGAGCAGGAUUGAACAAUGUUCUUUGGAGUUUAGAAGAAUGAGAGGUGAUCUCGCUGAUGUAAACUAUUUUAGAGGAGUUGACGAGGGUGACAUUGAGACUCUACAUCCUUAGGUUGGAAGGUCUAGGCCUAGAGGGAAUGAUCUCAAGUGAGAUACAGACCAUGUAGGGUUGAACUAACAAGAAUUCCUUCACUCAGUGGGAUGUGCGUGGCCAUAGAGAGCCAGGAAUGCUCAGACAUCGAAUAUUUCAAACUUACCAGAUACAGAUGAGCACUGGAAUUGCCAAAGCAUUGAAGGCUAUGGACUAAGUGCUGGUAAUUGGGAUUAGUAUAGAGGUGUCGUUGAUAAUCAACAUGGCCACGCUGGGUUGAAGGGUCUUUUUCUGUGCUGCAUGACGACUAUUGAUAGACAUUAGGCCAUCAAGGGACAGGGGAUAUUACAAGAUGAGGUGUCGUGAAACUGAAGGACGGAGCAGAGCAGAUUCGUGUGCCUCUCUCUGUGACUCACUGAUUUCCUGCCCUCCAUUUUCAGUUCUGUUGGAACAACUUCCAUUUGCCUGGAUGAGGGCAGUUCCAGCAAUUCUCAAGUUCAACACCAUCCAGAACAAAGCAGCCCGCUUGACUGCCUCUCCAUCCAAUGUCCCUCCACUACUGGGUGCACAGUGGCUGCAGUGUGUACCAUCGACAAAAUGCACUGCCAGAUCCAGAUGGUGUGUGUCUUGAAGGGGAACCUGCAGGUGGUGGUGUUCCCUUCAUGCUGGCUGCCUGGUCUUUCUUGCAGAUUUGGAAGAUGUUGGAGUAGCCUGGGCGAGUAACUGCAGUACAUUUUGUAGGCGGCAAAUGGAGAGUGAUUCAUCAUGGCCCUCGCUAGAGGAACCUCUUUCCACCCAACACACGGGCUGUGGCCUGUUCAUACAGUCACAGGGGUGUUGUGUCUGGUUUUUCAAUAGGUGCCAGGAUUGCAUGGAAGUAGCUUGGCUGGAGUACCUUCACCUUUUGCUGCACCCGCCACAAGCAAGGAGUUUCCAUGAUGUUGACUGCAGGGGGCUUGGUGAUGGUAAUGCCAUAGACUGUCCAGGGAGGUGCAUAAACUCUCUUAGUGGAGAUUGUUAUUGCCUGGCACUUUGGUGGCUCAGAUAUUACUUGCCACUUAUCAGCCCAGUGCUCAACAUUGUCUAAUAGUUAAUGGUAAUAUGACAGUCUUGAUUUGGGGGAAGGUGCAGUAGGGUCUUGGGAGUCCUAGUUCAGGAUUCCCUUAAGGAUAACUUGCAGGUUGAGUCAGUCGUAAAGAAGGCAAAUGCAAUGUUAGCAUUCAUUUCGAGAGGACUAGAAUAUAAAAGCAGGGAUGUAGUGCUGAGGCUUUAUAAGGCAUUGGCCAGAGUGGAUUUGGAACAUUGUGAGCAAUUUUGCACCGCAUAUCUAUGGAAGGAUGUGCUGGCAUUGGAAAGGGUCCAGAGGACGUUUACGAGAAUGAUCCUGGGAAUGACUGUAUGAGGAGUGUCUCUGCGCCUGGACUCACUGGAGUUCGGAAGGAUGAGGGGGAUCUCAUUGAAACCUACCAGUUACUGAAAGACCUGGAUAGAGCGGACAUGGAGAGGAUGUUUCCAUCAGUAGGAGAAUCUAGGAUCUGAGGGCACAGCCUCAGAAUAAAGGGACGUCCCUUUAGAACUUCUUCAGCCAGAGGGUGGUGAAUCUGUGGAAUCUGUUGCCACAGAGGGCUGUGGAGGCCAAGCCACUGAGUGUAUUUAAGGCAGAGAUUGAUAGGUUCUUGAUUGGUACGGGGGUUGGGGGUUAAGAGGAGAAGGCAGGAGAAUAAGGUAGAGAAAAAAAAAUCAGCCAUGGUUGAAUGGUAGAGCAGACUCAGUGGGCUGAAUGGCCUAAUUAUGCAUCUAUAUUUUAUGGUCUUAUUACAAAUGGCAUUUGUACCAAAGUUACUUGAUUGAAUGUUUAGGGUUUAUAAGUAGAGAUGGUAAAAGGGACCCGUCAUAGAGGGGACAGAAUGUCUGGGCACUGUAAGAAAUAAAGAUUGUUCAAGAAUUUC